AUGUGCGUGGCAAGCCAGAUGCGGAUGUCGGAGCUAGGUGCCAGCUUCACAGAAUGUCACAAGCAGGAUGAAAGCACCCAUCGGUACCAUGCGGACAGCCGGACUGCGCACCACUCUCCGGAUCAGCCGGACCGUUUCGACGAGGCUCCGGCGCCCAAUGAGUCGAAGGAAACGUCGGCCGAGGAAGUGGAGGGCGACUUGGAGCGUGAGGUGACCAACGCGGUGGCCAUGUUUCUUCAGGGCAAUGACGUAGACCUUAAUCUGAGGAUGAUGUUGAGGUUGAGGAUUCGGAAACCUGGGAGACUGGGCCCACCAGGGCGCCAGCCAGGGAGGUGCCAAAGACAGAAGUGCCGAGGACAGGGGAUGCAAAGCUCAUGGAGAAUCUCCACCGCGACCCGCAACUCUUGUCUCUCAUUUGCCAAUUUGCAACAAGGCUCCAGCAGCUGGGCCAUGAUCCCAGUAACAUGCCAUCCGAGAUGCAUCGGGAAAAGCAGGAACCGACUCCAUGGAGUCGAUGCCUCAGCUUGA